AGAGAGAGGAGAGAGAUGAAGAAAAUAGCGACGGAGGAGGAAGAGGAGUUACAGACGAAGAGGAGGAGGAGGAGAAGAAGAAGAAGGAGGGGAUGUCGGCGGCGGCGGGGAGAAGAAGUAUCGGGGUUACACUUUGUGUUAAUACACGGAAUAGGCGGCGGAGGGUGGGUGUUGGUACAAAAUAAGGUGGCUGAUGAGAGUUCGGGAUACAAAGUGUCGUGUUUAGACUUAAAAAGCUCGGGAAUUCACCCUUCUCACUCCGACAACAUCCUCACUUUCCACGAUUACAAUCAGCCUCUCUCCGAUUUCCUCUCCAAUCUUCCAGAUAACCAAAAGGUAAUUCUGGUGGGUCACAGCGCCGGAGGGCUGAGCGUAACCGACGCCACGCAAUUCGGCAGCAAAAUAAGCCUGGCGAUAUACAUCGGAGCCACCAUGUUGAAGACCGGUUACCAAUCCGAACACGACAUCAAACAAGGUGUACCAGAUCUAUCAGAGUUUGGUGAUGAUGUUUAUGAUCUUGGAUUUGGGCUCGGUCUUAAUCAACCUCCAACAAGUGCCCUUGUCAAGAAACAUCUUCAACGCAAAAUUAUUUAUCAUUUGAGCCCUCCUGAGGACUCAACAUUGGCAUCCAUGCUCCUCCGCCCGGGCCCACUCAAGGCAUUGUUGUCAGCUCGGUUUGAUCAGGAACAAGGUGGGGAUGACGUGGACAAAGUGCCACGUGUAUACAUUAAAACACUGUAUGAUCGAGUGGUGAAGCUCGAGCAACAAGAAGCCAUGAUUGAGAGAUGGCCUCCAUCACAGGUUUAUUCUCUUGAAAGUGAACACAGCCCAUUCUUCUCCACCCCUUCUCUGCUUUUUUCAUUGCUUGUUAAGGCUGCUUCUUCUGCUGCUGCUGUUACUGCAAUUUCAUUUUAAAUAUAAGAAAAGAAAUCCCAUGAAGUGGUCGUAUAAAGAAAUGAAGAAAACUUACUAUCUUUUCAUCAUUGUUUGCUUCUGAAAGUUUCUGUUCCCACCCAGCCUUGGAUGGUAGUGUGUUAUAUGAUGAACAUGCAAGCUUUCCAGCCU